AUGGCCCCAUAUACAGGGCAUGCAAACAAGCGGAAUGGAAGAGAUGCCAAGUCUCCGAACAACCCGUGUAUCCGGCGAUCACUCCUGUCCAUGGUCAUCUGCCACAUCAAUACACAAGGUUGUGAGGCUUGCUGGGUGACGAUCUUUGAGUGGUGUCUCGUUUUCUUGAUCUCGCUAAUGAUCCUUACCUGCAUGAAAGUAACAGUAAAGAACCUCUCAGGAGAAAUGGGUGCCUGCAAGCGGAUUGCGGUACUCCUUGGUCGAGAAAACCAGAUGUUAGAUGACUUGAAAAGAGAUCUUGGCCCGUUGUCGAUUGUUUCAGAGGAUUCGACCUCGAGCGGCAUGAUGGUUAUGUCCGAGGAGCCACAGUUGAGAGCUACACCCAUGCAGAGGCCUGGCAAAACCAAGGCGCCUGGCAAGCCAUGUAGUUUCUCGACUGCUGGAGAAACAACAUAUCAAUCUCUGUUAAGUCCGAAGCUCUUGGAGACGGCUAACAAAAGCCUUUAUUCUAUUCGUCUGACAACGAUUUCUGAACAAAAUACAAUUGAGAAUUCUUUAUUUAAUGUCAGCUGUCUUUCUCUUCGUGAACAGAAAUUACUCGAACUUCUUGACUUGUACAUUGGGGAGUGGAAGAUGCCGCCAGCUCCUGCAAACCACUUCCAUUUUCUACGAGUUUCGAUGGGGAAGAAAAACCCAUCUGACUUCGGAAGACGGUACUUCUAUUGGGACUUACUUGACAAGCAGUGCCACACCUAUAAUGGUGUGAGUCAAUGUCAAAACUACAAGAAUUCGAUGUCCACAGAGCUCACAGAUGACGAACGUAAAUUGAUUCGUCAUGAGCUCAACACCUGGGACGCUAAGAAGUCAAAAUCAAAGAAGAUCAUAAUACAUUUCAAAUACAUCCCCACCUUGUCCCUCCUCUACCCCCUCCCUUUAAGAUAA